UUCCAAACUUCAGCCACUUGAGAAUCACCUUCCUGAUUCACUUGGUGUAUGGAUCUCCCCCCAAAGUGAUUAACUGAUUCUUUUAAAAAUCAAUAUACUGUUUUUCAAAAAAUGAAUUUAUUUUAGAAAGACUAUUUUUAUCAAUUCCAUAAGUAGAAAACCUGUGUCCCUCGCCAUAAAUAGGGGGUAGCCCAGGAAUAAAUGCAUGGGGGCUCAAUUGAGGUUAUUGCACUUCUAGGGGACACUUUUACCAAUAGGAAGCUUUGAGUGGAGGCUGCACCCUGGGUCCAAAGGGAGCCUAGAAGUUUCUAGAGAGGAUUAGGAGGAAACACCACACUGACAUGUUCUCUUUGAUGGAAUCAGACUUGAACAGAAAGAGAAAACCUUUAGGACGUAGGGGACACAUCGUAAUUUUCCUUCCUGACCUACUCUGAUUUGACCCUCCAGAAACAUGGGACUGGGAAUGUGUGUGAAUCCUAAAGUCAGGAGGAACCAGGAUGAGAUGUACUGGUAGCCCAUGUGCCACCACAGCCACAUCCUGUCCACCAGGGACAUGGGAUCGUCUUCACAGGGACCCUGCACCAGUGUAUACUGCUUUGGGGAGAUUGGAUAGAGAAGAAAGAAUGUUCUAUCAGAAUUUACAGGGUCAGUUAGCUUGGAUUCCGACCCUAGCUCUGGGAUUCUGGACAAGUUACUUACCUGCUCCUUUUCCCCUCCUCAGUUUCCUCAUCUGUAAAGUGGGAAUAAUCAUAGUACACAUCUCCGAGUGGAUUUUAUUUACCUACUCCCAUAUCCCAGGCUAAGUGCUGAGCACAUUUCCUUGCAUAUGGGUCAUCAUUGCCACUAUCUGCAAUUGUUAUUUAAACUAUGAAUCCCAUGGAGGUGGGUGGGGCCAUUAUCUGUGGAUGCAUUUUGUUCAGAAGGCUCAGAUGGGAAAGGGGCUAGCCUGAGAACCCCCAGCCAGUUAGGGGAAGACAAGAACCACAGCCCUUUUGUCCAGCAGGUCUAAGACCUUGGCGGAAAGCUGUGCAUCUUAGACUGUUGGCCCCGUCACUUGGCCCUUUGCCACAGCUCCGAGCUCUCCCUGAGUUUUCUGAUUAGGGCAGCCAGUGAGGUUCAAGGUCCUUGGCCUGUAUCCAGUGCUGCUUGACCUCUGUCCUCAGAUGGACUUUACCCCCACCCCCAGGCACACUCUGCCUGCAGUGCGGAGCCCCUUGUAGAUGCUGCUCUGAGCUCCUGGGACCAUCCUUCCUCCACCAGCCUUGACUGUGACCUGGAAGCUACAGAUGUCCCCUGGGGCUGGCAGCUGCUCCACAGAACCCCUUCUGGGAAACCCUGAGCUGCAGAGUUUGGGCCUUGAUUUUAGUGCCCUUAUCUUUAAGAAUGCUUGUGUCCUGUUUGCUGGGAUAGUUCUAGUGUAUGCCUCUUGUCCCAGUGAAAUUAUUAAUAGCGCCUCCUUUCAUGUUCUAAAUAUCUCCAUUUGAAAGCUGUACCAUGGGGUUGAGCUACUUUUCUUUGUCUUCUUCUCAGCCAUGUGGGCCUCAAGUGGGGCAAGGCAGGCAGGAGGGUUUGGUUAAACUUGGACUUUGGGCUCAGACGCUGUGGGUUCAGAUGUGUUUAGCCUCUGGGUUUAACACUGCUGCACCUCACUUUCUCCUGUGUAAUCAAGGCUGAUGAAAAAUCCCUGCUGCAUUGGGGUGCUGGAAUUAAGUGAGAGGAUCAAUAUGAAGUGCUUAGCAAGAGCUGGUAUGAGGAGAGCUUACGAAACGGCUCCCACCUCUGCAUAUUCAUCUCCAGCCCGGAGUCUUGGGGACACAGGAAUAACGCCUCUGUCCCCUUCCCAUAUCGUGAAUGAUGCCGACCCCAACGUCUCGGAACAGCAGACGUUUCUUGUGGUGGUGGCCAUUGACUUUGGGACCACAUCCAGCGGCUAUGCCUACAGCUUCACCAAGGAGCCAGAAUGCAUUCACGUGAUGAGGCGAUGGGAGGGAGGCGAUCCUGGGGUGUCCAACCAGAAGACCCCGACCACCAUCUUGUUGACCCCUGAGAGGAAGUUCCACAGCUUUGGAUACGCUGCCAGGGACUUCUACCAUGACCUGGAUCCCACCGAGGCCAAGCAGUGGCUGUAUCUGGAGAAGUUCAAGAUGAAGCUGCACACCACAGGGGACCUCACCAUGGAUACAGACCUGACAGCAGCAAAUGGCAAGAAAGUCAAAGCCCUUGAAAUCUUCGCUUAUGCCCUGCAGUACUUUAAGGAGCAGGCGCUGAAGGAGCUGAGUGACCAGGCGGGUUCGGAAUUUGAGAACUCGGAUGUCAGAUGGGUCAUCACGGUGCCUGCUAUCUGGAAACAGCCGGCCAAGCAGUUCAUGAGACAAGCUGCUUACCAGGCAGGCCUGGCCUCUCCUGAGAACUCGGAGCAGCUCAUCAUUGCCUUGGAGCCUGAGGCCGCCUCCAUCUACUGCCGGAAGCUGCGUCUGCACCAGAUGAUUGAGCUGAGCGGCAAGGCGGCGGUCAAUGGGUACAGCGCCAGUGACACAGUAGGAGCGGGGUUUGCACAGGCUAAGGAACAUGUACGGCGUAAUCGUCAGAGUCGGACCUUUUUGGUGGAGAAUGUCAUAGGAGAAAUCUGGUCGGAGCUGGAGGAAGGUGACAAGUAUGUGGUUGUGGACAGUGGCGGAGGCACCGUAGACCUGACAGUCCAUCAGAUACGGCUACCCGAGGGACACCUAAAGGAACUGUAUAAAGCAACAGGUGGGCCCUAUGGAUCCUUGGGAGUAGAUUAUGAAUUUGAGAAACUUCUGUGUAAGAUAUUUGGAGAGGAUUUUAUCGAACAGUUCAAAAUCAAGCGUCCUGCAGCCUGGGUCGACUUAAUGAUUGCCUUUGAGUCUCGAAAGAGAGCAGCUGCUCCAGACAGAACCAACCCUCUCAACAUCACCCUGCCCUUCUCCUUCAUCGACUACUACAAGAAGUUCCGUGGGCACAGCGUGGAACACGCCUUGAGGAAGAGCAACGUGGAUUUUGUGAAGUGGUCCUCCCAGGGUAUGCUGAGGAUGAGUCCAGAUGCCAUGAAUGCCCUUUUUAAGCCAACCAUAGACAGCAUCAUUGAGCACCUCCGGGACCUGUUUCAGAAGCCGGAGGUUUGCACGGUCAAGUUCCUCUUCCUGGUGGGUGGCUUUGCCGAGGCACCCCUCCUGCAGCAGGCAGUGCAUGCUGCCUUUGGUGACAAGUGCCGGAUCAUCAUCCCCCAGGACGUGGGCCUCACCAUCCUCAAGGGCGCCGUCCUCUUCGGCCUGGACCCUGCGGUCAUCAAGGUGCGCAGGUCCCCGCUCACCUACGGGGUGGGUGUGCUGAACCGCUACGUGGAGGGUAAGCACCCACCCGAGAAGCUGCUGGUGAAGGACGGCACUCGCUGGUGCACCGAUGUGUUUGACAAGUUCAUCUCUGCCGACCAGUCGGUGGCCCUGGGAGAGCUGGUCAAACGUAGCUAUACCCCGGCCAAGCCCUCUCAGCUGGUCAUUGUCAUCAACAUCUACAGCUCUGAGCAUGACACCGUCAGCUUCAUCACUGACCCAGGGGUGAAGAAGUGUGGCACGCUCCGCCUGGAUCUCACGGGGACCAGCGGCACAGCAGUGCCUGCCAGGAGGGAAAUCCAGACCCUCAUGCAGUUCGGGGACACCGAGAUCAAGGCCACAGCCAUCGACAUAGCCACCUCAAAGAGUGUCAAAGUGGGGAUCGACUUCUUAAAUUACUAACCAUCCUUCCCUGCCGCCCACCCCUAGGACCAGCUCAUCUGCAUCUGCUGACCUUAUCCUUGACUGUCCUGACCUUGACCUUGACCCUUGCCAUUGCCCACCUGAACUUUAGCAGGAGAACAACCAGGGUGAGAAAUAACUAGGGAUUUUUGGAGGGUACACUGGAAUCAGAAAAGCGGUCAGAAAUUACGAUUGAGGUCUAGGAACAGGAAAUUCAAGGAUCCUAGAAGCGCAGCUAGUUUUCACAGGUACCAAAGUGGUGCACCAACCACCCGACAAGGGGACCGGUACAGUCUGCAGCAGUGGUGGAGCCUUGCUUUGAACAGAUCUCUGCCAAGUAGAACUUAGAAUGCCCUAUUGCCUUCUUUCUAGAUUUGAAAUGAGAUCUUUGAGUCAGGAGAAAAUCUUCGUCUGAGAUCUUUUCUUUUUAGGUUUUUUUCUUUUUCUUUUUGGAUAGCAGUCAAUAUAAAAUGCCACCCAUCUGCAGUCAGUUUCUUCUCAUCCUGGAAUGAACAGCGGUGACUCAGAGGGAACUUGGAGCGCCGUCAGCUGGUGGGAGAAGACUGCCUACACUGGGCGCUAUUUUAAGUUCUGAGAUAAUUUAAAUUCCAAGGAGGUUUGGGGAAAAAUAACUAGAGCCUUGGCUACCCCACUAGGAUUUUGGGGAGUAGGAAUGCUGACACCUCAGCUUUUCUGCAGGUAAAAACUUGCUUUGAUGGAAAAGGAUAUUGAAGAGUUGCUGCCUUACACCAAAUCACAGUAUUCACCCCUCAUCUGUGGGGGAUACAUUCCAAGAUCCCCAGUAGAGACAUGAACCUGCCCCAUAGUACCAAACCCUAUAUAUAUAUAUGUACACAGUAUAUAUACAUUUCCCCUAUAUCUCCAUAUCUGUGAUAAAGUUCAAUUUAUCAAUUUGACACAGUAAGAGAAUAAUAGUAAUAACAAAAUAAGGAAAUUGUACAAACCAACUGUAACACAAUUUAUACGAAUGUGGUCUCUCUCAAAAUAUCUCAUUGUACUCUACUAUAUUUUUGGACCACAGUUGACCAUGGUAACUGAAACCAUGGAUGAGGGGAAACUACUACAUAUGUUGUCAUCUAACUCACAGAAUGCCAAAUCCUGAUUUCUGAGUUCAAAAGUAAUUCUAGUUAAUCAUGGAGGAAUUCACUGUGAGAACAUGAGGCUGCCAUUGCUUUGUUCACAUCUCCUAGUCCCUGACUCCAGAACAGCCCUUAACCUUGAAAAGCAUCCAAACUUUAAAUUAGCCCCUAUCCUUCCUGCUCGGUCUCCAUCCCCCUGAGAGUUCUGACCAUUCAUUUCCAUCUUGUGAAAGGAAUACAUUGGUGAAAUGUCAAAGGAGAAUCUGUUCUAUGAGAUGCUUCAUUAAAAAUCUCCAGUUUUUCAAAUCCAUCUAAAUUCAUGUGUAGAUCUAGACUUGAUGAAUUAAGCCGGUUGUUUUCUUUUCUCUCUCUCUUUUUUAUUAGAGCUUUAUGAUCAUUGGGUUCAUCCAGACAAACUCAUACAUGCAUGGAUAUUGAAUGGUUCAUGAUCCCCUCUUUCCCCUCUUGUCCUCCCUCCACCUCCCCAUUUCCUUCCUCUACUAACUUUCUUUCAUUCAUCUAUUAAUUUGCAUUUGAUGGUUUCUUAUGUUAUCCUAUUCUUCCCCCCACCCCCUUUCUUUUAUUUCACUCUAGCUUCUGCAUAUGAGAGAAAACAUCUGACCUUUUGAGCUUCUGGGUUUGGCUAAUUUCACUUGGCAUGAUAUUCUCCAUUUCCAUCCACUUACCAAGCCAGUUGUUCUCUAAAGCGGGUCUGUGGCUUGCCUGCGUCAGAAUCGCCUGGGUGCUCGCUUAGAGCAGGUUCCUGGAUCCCAUCCCUUUUAAGCAGAAGCUAAUUUGAAGGGGUCCAGAAACUGCAUUUGUAGUGUAUACCAGAAGUGAUUGGGGUUCAGCUGGAAUUUGAGAAUUCCUAACUUUAGUUUGUCAAGGCUGAAGCACAGGCCACAGCCUGAGCCCUCUGUUCUUCCCUUCGGAGUUCUCUUAGGGAAGAGGGCGGACCCCAUGCCUUGUCCUCUUGGUAAGUGGGGUUGGGGCUCUGUCACCUAGGAUGGCCCUUUAAAUUCCCACAAGGUGGUCCGGCAGGGAAAAGAUGUCAUGAAAGGCAGCCAGUGGGUCUGCAUUUUUCCUUCCCCCACCACCCAAAGUCAGUUUUCGCCAACAUUCAGGAGCCAACUGAGGACAGAGACUCAAGGAUCUGAAUCACAGUCCUUCUGAUCUGUUCAAAGCAGUCUUUUCCACCUGCUGGAAGUCAUUCCGAUUUCAAGUCACUGGAGGCAUGCAUAGCGAACGGAGAACGAGGGAAUGCGCUUUGAAUGCAAGUUGGAUUCACAAACCAUCACCAUGGCCAAUAUGCAGAUUGUGAGCAGCAGCACUUCGGGUUUCUUUUUAGCCCAUCUUCUUUUUCACUUCGCCUGCUGCAGAUUUCCCUGCUAGAAAGUGAAACAUGAAUAAGCCACAGAACUGGAGAAGGCCAGUUCCAUAACUUGAGUCGUGGGAUUUCAUAGCCCGGCACCAAGGUGUGUUUCUCGGGGUCUCCUGCUGCCUGCUGUGCUUCAAAAGCUUAAUGUUGUGUGUCCCUCUUUGGUGUUACCAGCCACAGUCUGCAAAUAAGACUUUUCCAUUUAGUUAUGAGUAAUAUAAUUUUAUGUACAUACAGUGUUGAAAUCUUGUACAGUAUCUUUGUUUCUACAAUGUUUUUCUUAUUUUAAAAAAGGAAAAUGUUCUUUGAUUUUUGUUGAUAUCACUGCCCUUAAUAUUUCAUAUUUUCAUUUCUUAAUUGCUCUCACUAACCACUGAUUUGCGCCGAUACCAAGUGAUGGAUUAUGUGUGCAAGACUGAGCAUUAGGCAGAGGUGCCCUAGGGUCAGCUAAUACUCUGAACACCCGGACCACUUGGAUCAACAGCUUCUUCAGUUUUCGCCAACUUCCACAUGCACAUUCUUUCCAAAGAUUCAGGAGCUAUAUUUAAAGGAGCAUAAUGUAUCAAUUCUCCUGUCCAGACUUUGAGAGCUGAACAUUCUGGUUUGGUAACCAAAUAUGACUGUGCAGAAAAACCUAUGAAAACUCUUUGCAUUCUGUUGGGUUGUCAACCUGUACUUGUGGGGCAAAGUAGUGACUCUGAGGACAAAGUGUGGUCCAUGUGUGGAUGUUUUUAGUACACCAGGGUCAAAGGCAGGAACCAAGUGGUACAUAAACCAAGCUUUUCUAUUGGGUAAGGAUGAGGCAAGUCCCUUGUUUGCUGCUAACGCAAAGCUCUUCCUGCCUUGAAUUAAGGAUGUCUCCUUGUCUACCAGUUCUCUUCAAUGAACUGAUAGAAAUCUACGGUGUUGGCAAAUUGAUGAUAGAGAAGGGGUGACAAUUUUGCUGGACUUUCUUCUGGCCCCAGAGAUGCAGCCCUAGUAAUCCAACUCCUUAGACAAGACUCCCAAAUCCAUCCCUUCCCCCUAUUGAAAUAUUUUAGAGUAACAGCACUGGAUAAGUACACUUGGACACAUUUCCUAAUCUUAGAAGAUUUCUAGAAGGCCUGUGGUCCUGACCCAUUACUCAGUUGCUCCUGGCAUAUUAUUUGAUAGUCACCUUUCUUGGAAGCAGAGUUGUUGAUGUCCCUUGUCACUGCCUUUUCUGCAUGCAGCAGGCAUUAAUGAAUGACAGACAACUUACAGACAUGAUAUGAAAGAGGAGGAAUCACAAGGGUGUAUUUGUAGAGUGUUGGCUGAGUCCAGAUUACAGAGCCUGCCCCACCCUUAGAAUGUUAUUUAGACCAAGUUUAGCUUUUAGAGUCCAGGUCUGGUUAAUUGCCAGGGUAGCAAAGAAUCGCAUGCACCAAUAUAAACAGGAGUCAAAUGCAUUAAUAGUCCAAGAUCAAACUUCACAUUGUAGAGAUGUAAUCGCCGUGAGUAAGCUGCCUAUGGAUGCUGGGAAAUGACUUAAGUGGAUGACUAGUAUAAAAGUUGUUGGCCAUCCUGUCACUAACACCUCUCAUCUGCUUGAAUUACGGAACACUGUUCUGCUGUCUCAGCCAUUCAGGGUCUUGUUCACUACAAGAUAGAUCCAAACUUCACAGAAUUUCGCAGCAGUUCACAACUGGACAGGACUGUGUCUGCAAACUCUCUUAUCUUCACUGAUGUCUAAUAAAGUAAAACUCUGGAUCUCA